GUUCGACUGAAUAUUUUGAAUUAUUUAUUCAAAUAUACUCCUAGCUAUUAUGGUGCGGUAUUCGAAGGAAGGUUUGUCGAUAAACGAUCAACUGGAGCAAUAAUUAAAUUACUGUUUUACUAUAAUGCAAAAAUGUGCGCCAUCAAAUUUCACUUCCGGGGUAAUCCACAAACAAUAUUUAUUUAUUCAAAUAUAUAUUUAACUAUAUUCUUUAAUUAUUAUCAAAGGAGUGAUUAGUGAUUAUCCUUAAGAAAAUACACUUCUAAAUUGUGAGAAAAUUGUCGUAAAAUGUCACUUUCGUGUUUUCAGUUGAAUUUCAAUUCCGGGGUCAAAUUCAUGUUGACAUUCUUGUUGGAGAAGCUCACUGCUAAGCUAAUGGCUGAGUUAGACAUCGGAAAGCACUGUCGAAUAGAUUCUUGUCAUCAACAAGGUCUCGAACGUUUUCGCUCUUUUGCUAAAAAAAAUAACAAUUUGGGUGACGUUAACAUUAUCGAUUUCCUUCCAUUUGUUUGUGAUUCCUGCAAUGGAGUCUACUGUCUUGAACACAGAAGCAGAGAAGCUCACUCAUGUUCUCAGGAGCCCGCGAGAAGAGAACCCCAAACUGCGGGCGGCAGCACAAGUUAUCCGUGCUCCGUUGAGGACUGCAAGGGGAAAGAACUCCUUCCUGUUGUCUGUCCGCAGUGUCAGAAACACUUCUGUUUGGCCCAUCGUCAUCAAGAUGAUCAUAAGUGUGAGAAGCUGGAGGUGCAAAAGCCACGCAUGGCAGCCACCAAGGAGCUGGUGCAAAGAAUCGUGGAGUCAAAGGAUGGUUCUAAAAGCAAAGGCCGUAAAGGGGCAAAGAACAGCGCUACAGCAGCCAAGGUAGCUCUGAUGAAACUCAAGCUCCAUGCAGCAGGAGACAAGAGUUUACCACAGACCGAACGAAUCUACUUUCAAGUGUAUCUUCCGAAAGGCUAUCAGGCGGCCAGUCAGCCGAUGUUCUUCUGCUCCAAAUGGAGCGUGGGGAAGGUGGUGGAUUACGCCGCCUCACUCGCUUCCCUCAAGAACAACAAUAACGUGCUCGUAGCUCAGAAGUUGCGCCUCUGCCAUCCCGAAACGGGGAAGUGUCUCCGUAUGGACGACAGCCUGCACACGCUGCUGAGCAGUCCGGAAGACCCGCUGCACAAUGGGGGGAACGUGAUCCUUGAGUACCUGGACAACAAGAGCACCGGAGUGGAGGAUGUUUCAAACUAUGUUAAAUUCAAAUGAGUGAAUGACUUGAUAAAACGCAAGUUUCACAAAGAA